AUGUCUGUAUUAUGUUUAGCUUGAUGUGUUUUUUUUUCUCUGAUGUAUGAACAUGUUUAAUAAAAAGAUAACAGAUGAAGCAAAACUCAUGUAACAUAAAUUUUGUUUAUGUUUAUUGGUAAAUUACCAGUAGCGAGUUGCUUAAAGUAAAAAUUGAUUUGACAAUAUAAUCACUAGAGAAUAUAAAACGGUUUCCGUUAUUUUCUAGUUGUCAAGACUUGACUUGGACUUGCAUACAGAAGUUGGCAGGAGGAAUGAAAGUCUUAGUAACAGGAGGUGCCGGAUAUCUUGGUUCAACAUUGGUACCGAUGUUGUUAAAUAAAGGGCAUGACGUAACAGUAUAUGAUACAUUAAGCUGGGGAGUCCAUUCAUUAAUACACGUCGCAAAUGACACUAAGCUUAGGAUAAUUAAGGGAGAUAUAAAGGACAGAAAACAUAUUGCUGACGAAAUAGCAUACCAAGAUGCAAUCAUUCAUCUUGCAGCAAUAGUUGGAUAUCCUGCUUGUGAUUCAAACCCAGAUUUUGCAUUGGCUACAAAUAUAUCUGGUACAAAGAAUAUUGCUGAACUUAAAUCAAGUAAUCAAAUAUUGAUAUACGCUUCCACAGGAUCUUGUUACGGAGCUAUCAAUGGCAUCUGUACGGAAACCACAAAGUUAAACCCCUUGUCGUUAUAUGGCAAAAGUAAAGCAAGUGGCGAGGAAAUAGUACAGUCUGUAGGUGGCAUCUCUCUUAGACUCGCUACAUUAUUUGGAAUAUCUACAAGAAUGAGACUUGAUUUAUUGGUUAACGAUUUGACAUUUAAAGCCAUUAACUGCAAAAAUAUCGAAUUAUAUGAAGGUGAUUUCAGAAGGACAUUUCUGCAUGUCAGAGAUGCUGCAGAGGCAUUUGUUUUUGCACUUGAAAAUGAACAACAUAUGUCCGGCAAAGUAUAUAACGUAGGGGAUGAAGAGCUCAACAUGACAAAACUCGAUGUUGCGCAGAUCAUACAAAAGCUUAUACCAGACUGCACUAUCACUCAGAUUUAUUCAAAGUAUGAUAAAGACAAACGUGAUUAUGAGGUCUCAUAUAGAAAAAUUAAUGAAAUGGGGUACCGACACGAAAUAUCAAUUGAAGAAGGAAUAAAAGAAAUGCUUAAACUUUUUCCAUUCUUAUCUGUCGGAGAAUCACUGCAAUACUAUAAUAUAUAGAAUUUUAUGUUGCAUUGCCCAUAAUAUGCAGAUUGUCUUGAAUAAUUUAAUAUGUAAAUAUACACAAACGCAAAAGAAAGUGUGCACUUUUUAAAUUUGAAUAUUCUCAGUUUUAACAGAGGUAUCCGUCUACAAUUUGCAACAUACUUUGCUCGAAGCAUGUACUAUUGAUCUUCCUUCAACUUAAAGAUAAAAACUGGGUGGAGUCAAGAUAAUUAGCGAUAGUGGACUUUUGCACGAUUUUCUCGUGCUACCCAUAAAAAAUGUACAUGUCUACAAAAACGAGUUUUGUCAGGUUUCUUUUAUACCUUUGGUGAAAGGAAAAACACAUACGAUUUCAAAUAUGUGCUGUAAUAAAAUGCCACGACUUAGUGAAACUUAGCGAAUUGAAGCAUUAACAAUGCUUCAACGGGUUGACAACGUUAUUUACGUAAGCAAAACGUUUGGGUGCGAAAGUAAUGUCAUAAUUCUUUUGCACCAGAAAUUUCAGCAUACUCUUUGAGUUGCUGUACGCCAUCGAACCAGCAGACCUCGGGUCUUACUAUGGAAUAAACAUUUUUCGUGACGUCCAUCUACCGUUACGUUAGGCCUAAGCCUUGCCAUAUCAAUCCUUGGAUAAAUAUUAAAGGUGGUCACACAGGAUAUUUAAACAAAAUAAUGUUUGAGUAACAGGCAGAUUUUUAUCAUCUGACAAGAAGGUGAGUUACAACUACCGUUGUUGACCCAUCUUAGCUUUGAAUAGCUAAGAAUCCCCAUAAAUUUCAGAAUUUUGAAAACAAUGGAAGCACAUCGAAUUUGCCAUAAUCUGCACUAAAUGUUGGUACCAAACAUGACAUACUUUUAAACAAAAUAAUGUACUUCGGACAACAUAAUUUACUUCAGUUGACAAAAAACUUAGUGCACACUUUCUUUUGCGUUUGAGUAUACAUAUUUUUGUAUAGGUAUUGUGAAGGCCAAUGUGAUAUGUAGUUGAUACAGAACACUGCAGAAAUGUACAAUUUCACUUAUGUCAAUGCAUUCACUGUUGCACGAUAUAUACGAGGGUUGUUCAAUAAACAUGUAGACUGAUUACAUAACUUGCCAAGAAAGAAGUCUUAAGUUGGUAUCGUGUUCAAACAUAUGUUACGUUUGUACCUGAAAUUGUAUUCAUGCGGUAUGUUUGUGCAAUGAUUUUUGAUUAAGCAUGGGAAAUGCUGUGCAGCCCAGGUCAACGACGUCUUUAUAAGGCUAACGUUGUUACGUUUUAAAAUUUAUUGAAAUUUAAUGAAUACCGUGCAUAAUCAGAACUUACUGUACUUACGCGCAUUCAUUUUGCCAAAAAAAAAAAAGAAAACGACAUUUGUAUAAAGUCUAGCUACCAAUCUAUAAUAUUUUAUGUAAGGAUUACUAUGAUUAUACUAGUACUACUGAACAAAAACAACAGCCAUGUACGGAACGGUUUUUUUAUGAUUCUAAACCAUUCAUAUUGUAUCAAUCGUGUGCAGAAAAAACCCACAUUUUUAGCAACAAAAUAACAAAAGCUAGUUCUUGUUUGAAACACGAUCAGAUGAUCAAUGUGAUGAACUUUA